AUGUCAUCUCAUCCCGACCAAGAUAAUCAGCCAAGAGAGAUCACUGGUCAGUCCUCCGACCCCGACAAUCCCUCCGUUUCGCGCUGCUCCCCUCAUCCUCCGGUCGUUGGUUACCCACCAACCUCCGGUUACCCUCCUCCUUCCGGUUAUCCACCGUCGUCGGGUUACCCACCACCAUAUCCGGGCUAUCCAAAUGGUUACCACCAAUAUCCAUAUGCCCAAGCUCCACCUGCCGCGUAUUACGGGGUCCAACACUACCCGACCCAACAACCAGGACUCCGUAGAAGCUCCGGCUUUCUCCGCGGCGUUUUCACGGUGCUAAUCAUAACUGUCGUCUUCCUCUGCCUGUCCAGCAUUAUCACAUGGCUGGUUUUACGCCCCCAGGUUCCGCAGUUCCACGUCACGACAUUCUCCGUCUCGAAGUUCAACGUGUCAGGACCGACGUUCACGGCCAAUUGGGACGUGAACGUUAAGGUGAUCAACCCGAACUCAAAGCUCAAAGUGUUUUUGGAUCAAAUCCAGGGGUUCACGUUCCAAGAAGACGACGACGACCAUUUCCUAUCGACGGCGUUUAUGUCGCCGCUAUUGUUGGAAACGAAGGAGGAGGCAUUGAUGCAUGCGAAUCUGUCAACGGGAAACCCGGAUCAGCCGAUGGUCGGCAGCUGGGUGGUGGAGGAAAUGAGGAAGAAGAGAGCGGAGGGAACGGUGUCGUUUACUUUCAGGAUGAUGGUGUGGUCGACGCUCAAGUCCGGCGAUUGGUGGACACGCCACCUUGGCAUGAAGGUGUAUUGCGAGCACCUGGUGGUUAGGUUCGCGUCAGCCGCCGCUACCGACGGAGCCAUUGAAGCUGGAAAGCCGGUGCCUUGUGCGGUUUAUAUGUGA